AUCUCUUGCUUUGUUGCAGCUCAGCUUCAUUAAGAUGGUGUGUCAGGCCUUCCUGAGGGGUGUCCUCCUUGCCUUGCUAGUUGUCGAUUCUUUUGAGUCUUCCAUUAAAGGCUCAAAGUCUCCAGUACAGCACAGCAGUGGCUCAAAUGCUGCACCCAACUAUCCUCAUCAAACGGCAGCUUCAGAAUACUCUGCACCUGUGCAAUAUAGCACUUCAAGACUGAUGUCUCAGCCAAUGCAGUUUGUGAUGGGGCCCAGUCUCUCCCAGGGAGUAGUCCAGGCCACCCCAGGAUUCAGUGGCCUGAGUUCUACUGCACCUCAAGAUCUGUCUUCUUCUGGCUCUGUUUAUUAUUCUGUUCCAGUAGAAAAUGCUGGUGGUUCACCUCAGGCUGGUUCACCCCAAGGUGGACUACCAGAAUCAAGUUGGCUUGUUGCUCCACAAAGCUUUGAGGAAGCGUCUGCAAAUGCCCAGGCCCAAAGUACCAGUGAGCUCCUCCCACAACCUCCUCUGCCACCAGCUGGACCUGUCCUCCAGUCAGGAGAGACUUCCAAUAUUGUGAAGGAAGCUGAACUGGGAAACUAUCAACAACAGACGGAGGAAUUUGGCUACCCGGCCCAACCUUCAGCAUCUGAGCCAGGCUUCACAAGGCUGCCUGUACCAAGCGUUGUCUUGCCAGGUUACUGGGGUAACUUUUAUCCUGGCUUUGACUACAGGCUCCUGUAUGGUCUGUAUCCUCCUGGCACAUACAGCACAUUCAGCCAGAGCCACGAGAGGGGCAAAGACUACUACAAGGAUGUCCACUACCUGAAGGAACACGAGUCUGAGGAGGACGAUUAUCAAGGUCCAUACCAGCAGAAGAUCUUCCCAGGUCCUCCACAGUACUCAACUGGUCAACAAGUGACCUCAAGGGUUGGACGUUAGAUUGCACCUCCUAAAGCUUGUGGCAAAGAAUAAAGUUCAGUCGUAUUUGAACAUGUA